CUUUGUCCACUUGGCUUUUUUUGAACAAGCCUGCAAGUUUUACGGCGGGGGGGAAAACUCCACGCGCGGGUCGGGAUCUUUUGCAUCUCCGUUGACGGGACCGGUCUUCGGCGGAGAAUGCGGUAGACCUCCGCCUCCCGCCGGAUCCCCGCCCUCAUCCCGUCCAACGCGGGUGGCCGAUGGGGGAGCGCCCGCCGCAGCCGGCGCCGUCUCCCGGGCCGGACGGUGAGCCCGCGGGCCCGCCGCGGUUCCGGGAGGGAGGCCCCGGCGAGGAGCCGAGGAGCUCGCCGCCGGAUGGCGGCCACGCGCCGCGCAUCAGCUCGCCCUUCGCCGACGCCGACCCGCCGGCCUACUACGGCGGGACGCCCGCCGGGGCCGCGCCGCCGCCCUUCUGGUCCGAGCCGCCCCUCGCCCUGCGCCGCCUGGCCUACGACCGCGUCGGCCCCCGCUGGACGCAGCCCAGAGGCUUUGUGAACGGCAGCGCCGCGCCGGCUUGUCCCGAAACCACGUCCGACACGCACCUGUGCGCCGUGUGCGACGACUACGCAUCGGGCUACCACUACGGCGUCUGGUCCUGCGAGGGCUGCAAGGCUUUCUUCAAGAGGAGCAUUCAAGGACGCGACGACUACAUCUGCCCCGCCACCGACCGGUGCACCAUCGACAAGAAGCGCCGCAAAAGCUGCCGGGCCUGCCGCCUGCGCAAAUGCUACCAAGCGGGCAUGAUGAAGUGCGACGUCCGCCGACGCGGCCGGCGCUCGCGUGUCGCCGCAAGAGUAACCAACCAACCCAGAACACGGCGGCGCCGUCCGUCUCACGCUGGUCCAAAAAGCGCGCCGGCCAAGCUCACUUGUGGUUGCCGUGACGCAGGCGUGAGGCACGAGCGCCACGCCCGGGGGCCGUCCCGCGCGGGGCGUCGACUCCGAGCGUUGGCGCCCCACGGGCCCGCCGCCGGCCAGAGCGCCGAAGACUUGGUCCUGCGCAUGGUGGAGGCGGAGCCGCCCGCCAUCUACCUGAUGGAGGAGCAGAAGAAGCCCUUGACCGAGGCCGGCGUGAUGAUGUCGCUCACCAACCUGGCCGACAAGGAGCUCGUCCUCAUGAUCGCUUGGGCCAAGAAGAUCCCGGGCUUCGUGGAGCUGAGUCUGCCCGAGCAGAUCCAGCUGCUGAAAUGCUGCUGGUUGGAGGUCCUCAUGCUGGGCCUGAUGUGGCGAUCCGUCGACCAUCCCGGGACGCUCGUCUUCUCGCCCGACUUCAAGCUCAACAGGGAGGAGGGCGAGUGCGUGGAGGGCAUGGCCGAGAUCUUCGACAUGCUGCUGGCGGCCACGGCCAGAUUCCGAGAGCUCAAACUGCAACGGGAGGAAUACGUCUGCCUCAAGGCCAUGAUCCUCCUCAACUCAAACGUUUGCGGCGGUUCCCCGCAGACGUCGGAACGAUCGGCCGGCGGGAAGAAAGUCCUGCGGCUUCUGGACCGCGUGAUGGAGGCGCUGGCGUGGUCCAUCUCCAAGAGCGGCCUCAGCAGCCGGCAGCAGACGCUGAGACUGGGACGCCUCACCGUGCUCCUCUCGCACAUUCGACACGUCAGCAACAAGGGCAUGGACCACCUGUGCAGCAUGAAGCGGAAGAAGGUGGUGCUGGUGUACGACCUCCUGCUGGAGAUGCUGGACUCGGACGCGUCCGACGGCCGCCCCCCGCCGAGCCGCGCGCCGCCUCCUCCUCGACCCGAGACGGGCGCCGAGCCGCCGACGGACGGCUUCGUCCCCGCGGAGGCGUGGAUGUUGGAUUCGGGACACCGGGGCCCUUCUUCGGACUUCGGCGUUCCCGCCGGCAUCGCCGUGGAAACUUCUUUGAACGGCGGACCGGACUGAAUAUCCGCAGCUGAAGAAAACUGCUGAAUUGUGAUUGGAAUUUGCUUGGGCGCUGGUGAAGUUUUCUGCGUUUGCAAGCUCUUGGCUUUUUUGCGUUUGUCCGUCUCGUCACUGGAACGUCUUUGUCUGACGAUUUGAUUCGACGUACGAAAGGCACCGCGUCGCACGUGCGGUUGCCGUGACGACAACCGACGGCCUUCCCGGAAACGUUUCCACCCAGCGCGCGAUGUGGUCAACGCGCGUUAGCAUGAAGACGGCUUGCUUUCCCGUGUGUGUACAAUGAAGGCACACGCUCCAGUGUCAAUUGUUUAUUGACCACAUGGCGGCACAGGAUUCCAUCAAUAAAAGUCGACAAAUGAAAA